AUGUAUGACGAUGAAGAGUACCUGUUAAAUAAGGACCAAGAACCGGUUAUCCGACAACAUACUGAUCAUGAAAAGAUCAAACACUUUGUUAGUUGGCUUGCUGAGAGUAACACACUUGUCCCAGGCACAUACGAUCUCACCACUUUACGUAUGGACAAUGAAGAAAACAUAUGUCUUUAUCAUUUGUCUGAUGAUGAUGAUAAUCAAUUAUCAGAAGAUGCAAUUAAUUAUGCAGUACCAUUUAUUACAGUACCUGAUGAUGAUUCAAAAGGUCUUGUUUUAGCUCGAAAUAAAGCAAUUGGUUUCGAUGAAGAAUCGAUUGAUAAUAUGUCGAUGUAA